AACUAACCCAGCAGUCUCCCGAUGGAUUACCCGUCACAUUGACCACCGAAGAGGUCGACAGAAUCUUCGAAGAGGUACAACUUAAAAUUUUUGUUUACAUUAAUUUUAAUAUUUUAACAUAAUUAACUAUAUUAAUAUAUGUUUUAAUUUUAUAGGUGGCUCCUAAAAAGAUGGGACGGACAGUCGGCAUUGGCUCUGUUAACGAAGUUGCAAGGACAACUUCGUCAUACACUUCGAGACGGGAUGAAGAGAAUUCUCAGAGGAAAGCUCGAUUGGAUAGCCAGCAUGUUCGUUUAGACUCUCUUGAGGAUCUGCUAGACGUGAUGGCGGUGGGAAACCCGACUAUGCAGAGAAUGUUGAGUGAGAGACGAGCCGCUCUUGGGUUCCAGUACGGGAUCCCGAAGAGUCCGAUCCAAACCGUCAACAGCCGAGCAACCCCACUGACUACUUCGAGAAUAUGUAGUUUUUUUAUAUUUCGAUUUGUAUUAUGAAUUUAAAUAUUAUUGUAUGACUUUUAAAUACUUUUUUAAAAUAUGUUUUUCAUUUUCAUAUUUCGUUUUAAAAUUUAAAAUAUUCUAAAUUUCGAAUAUUAAAUAUUAAUUAAAAUUUAUUAUAUAUAAUAUAAUAAGAAUCGAUGUAAACUCCUCGUAAACAUUACAUGGAGUUUACAUCAAAAGUUUACGAGUGAUUAACAUCGAAACUUUUACGAGAGUUUUACAUCGAAACGUUUACGUGCGCUUUACAACGAAUUCGUUUACGUGUGCUUUACAUCGAAUGCAUUACGUGGGCUUUACCACGAAGCGUUACGUGUCUUUUACGAUGAAACUUUUCCUUUCGCUUUACGAGGAAUUUGUUUCGUCGUAAACGUAACGAGUCUUUUACGACAAAACCUCUGUUACGACGGACGUUUAACAACGAAACGUCUUUCGAGGUUAAUUCAUCGUAACACUCCGUUUAUGACGAAUUAACCUCGAAUAGUGCCCUAAUAAAAAAUAUGUUUUUUUCAGUGGUUGGUAAUAUCUGUGAGUUAGUUAUCUAUAAGUUAGACUCAUAACCCAACUAAAAUCAAUGAACCUACCAAUCACCCUCAUCGUUUUAUAUGACUUGGCCUCUUUGUUAUUCAUUAUUUUGCACUAAAACAUUUGCGAUUUCUCUAUUUUUUCGGAAAAUCGGGAAUGAUUUUUGUGUUGUUUCUCUGGAAAGCUCGACAGACAAAGGAGUUAUGAUUACACGUCAUGGGUCCAUUUUAAACCACACAAUUUGUUUCUGUUUGUUAUGUUGCUUUGGACAGAUCGAUCAGACAAGUGGGUUAUGGGCAUGGACAAAUUGUGUUUAGAGCAUUUCAAAUUCUAUUUCAUAUUUUAUUUUAAAAUAGAGUAAUAAACAAAUUUUUUUUAUUCUAUUUAUGGAAUAAUAAUUUUAAUUUUUUUAUUGAUUAUAUUAUUUUUCGUUCUGUUUUAAAAUAUGGAAUGAAUUGGUAAUGUCUUUAGAACAUGUACACUGACGGUUAACUAUACCAAAAAAGAAGACACACAUCAUGACAACAUUAUUUUAAAAUUGAAUAGACAGAAACGAAUAAGAGGCAGCAGUCUAUUUUUUUCAUAUAUUAAAACAAUUAUAAUAUUAUAUAAGAGAUCAGUUGAGAAGAGUAUAAUGUUAAUGUUGAAACUAAAACAAGUUACUCACUUAGACAACAAAAAAUGGCUGAUAAACAAAUUACAGAUAAUAUAAAAUUGUAUAAUUUUGGCUUUUUCAUUUUAAUAUGACGUUUCUAUUUCGUAUAUUGAAAGAGUAUACCACGAAACAUGGUAUUAGGCUAGUGAGUUAAAUGCAUGCAUUGGUAUUAUUGCGUUCCUAAUUUGAAACUAUGAAGAAUGUUUGACGUCGUCUCAUCUAAUCUAUUAAAACAGAAUCUUAAUUUUUAUAUAUUUAAAAAUGUUGUGAUUAACUUUUGAAUCUAUUCAUUUCUCACUAAAGAUAAAUGUAACAUCCUUUAACUUUUAGAUCUAUUUUUAUUUUCAAUAUUUUUGUUAGUAACUACCCUAUAUCUGCUGAAGUUUAUUAGUAUACUAAUUAAAUAUAGUAACUACAAUUGAUAUAUGUAUAAAAGAUAUUUAUAUUCACAAAACUGCACUUGUGUAUCUAGGAAUAUGCAAGAUCGAGAGCUAUUUUCUAAACUUUAUUGAUAUACUAUAUAUACUAAUGAUCUUAUAUUUACUGAUAAUGAUUAAUAUGUUUAAAAAUAUUUAUAUACACUAAACUGUAUUUAUAUCAUAAAAGAAUAUAACAUCACGAAACAUCUUUACAAUUUAUUUAUCUAUAUUAUGUUAGUAAGAUACUUUCACUUUUUUUCAAGAUAUAAAAGUGUCGAUAUUGAAAGUUUAAAAAAAUAAAUAUUUACAUAAUCAAAACAAUACUAUAAGUUCUAUUUAUUUUAGAAUCUAAUCUAUCAAUUUAGGGUUCUAUUUUUUUUAUCUAUUUACAAAUGUUGGACAAUUACAUUUAACUAGUUUUACAAUUAUUUUUACUUAUAUCUAAUUUAAUUAUUAUUAAAUAUAUGUAUACCCAAACCUAAAAUUAAGGAGCGAAAUAACUAAUCUAUUGUUUUUAAAUAACGAACUCAAUUUAUAUUAACACUACUUUUAAGUAAACUAGAUUCUUUGUCCGCGCUACGCGCAGAUUAUGUCUUUUAAUUUAUUUUCUAUAUAUUUAAAUUGCUUAGCAAAGAUUGAAAGACAGAAGUUAAGUUUUAGAUUUUAUAUAGAAGUAGAGAUUUAAAAAAAACAAUGAUAAAAUUGUUUAAAAUGUAAAUAAAUCUAGGUAUCAACUUGUGUGGGAAAGAGAAUAAUAAUCCGAAUGAUGCAUGAAUUAAAGUCACUCUGUGCUGCAUGCUUUUGCAUGAUCUCUUAUUCGCCCUGUGAAAUAUUUUAUGUAAUCAAUUGAUUUGUUGAAGUAGAAACUUGUUGCUGGUUAUGAACUGAGUAGUAGUUUGCCUGGAAAAUAUUGGAUAUUAUUGUUCUGUUGAUAAAAAAAAUUAAGAUCUGUAUUAUUUUUUGAUGUGUUUAAUAAAAUUAUUUACCUUAGAAAAGUUUAGGAAUUAUGCUUGUGAUGAUGACAACUUUAAAUUUCCUAUUCUUCUUGCUUUGUAGGAUGCUAAAAUAUGUUGCUUACUUGUCGCACAAUAUGAGUUUAACCAUUGUCGACCUGAGAUAGAGGUGUAUGUAUGAAGAGAAUUAUGAUUUCGUUUUUACCUAUUGUGUUAGACUUACCUGUUCAGCCGUAGACCAAUCGUGGCAUCAGUAUUGAGUUCUGGGUGGUACGGAUUUCUUUUUUGUAUUAUGAGUAUCUGCCCGACGACAUCUGCACAUUGAUUUUGAGUUAGAAUAAACAUCCAUGUUUGUUUAAUUGAUAUUGGGCUGACUUACUUACCUGGUAAGUAGGUGGGUGUAGUGGCUAAGCGUAAUAGAUUUUUGUAAUUCUGAAGAGAGAAAUUGUGAACUGGAAAUAUUGGACCGAUGUCUGUAACUUUCAAUGUUAGUGUCUUUUGGUCGAUCUGAAUGUAAUACGACAGUUGGGUGAGUUUUCGAUGUCGUGAAUUAUGUAUGACAGAAAAUCCUGAAAAUUCAUAUAUAUCUCCCUCAGUUAAAAUUUUUGGGUCAUUUGGCUGAAUGUUUCCGGUGAGCCGACCUUCUAAUAGUUGUCCCUGAAUGUGAACAAAUUUUGUUGUGCCGAACCAAUUAAGUAAAUAGUGAGUAGUUUAAAUCAAAUAUGGUGGAUUGGAAAAUACAUAUAUAUAUGUAUAUGUUAAAGCUCAUUCAAAAAAAAAAUAUAUGUAAAAGUUAAUAAAAAGCUUACAUGGUGGUCAUUUCGGAUAGUGAGUAGUUUAAAUCAAAUAUGGUGGAUUGUUCCAAUUCAGGUUAUAUUAGUUCGGUUCGGAUAUAUCCGAAGUUAAUUCCAAAUUUUUAAAGCAAAACAUAAGAAAUAAACUUAUAUAGAAUUGGAUAUUUAUGGUACUUAUUGAAAAUUUAAAUACUUAUUUUUUGAUAUAAUUUCAUAAUAAAUAUAGAACUGAAUAUUUGAAGUAUAUCUUUAUGUUUCAAGUAAAUACUUAUUUUUUGGAUUUUUUAUGGUUUUUUUUGUUUUUUCGGGUUGCCCGUUCGGGUUCGGCUAAUAACACUUCGGGUUCAGAUAUAUGAUGUACCAUCCCAUAAGACCAAUUCUGGGAUUUCUUACAUUUCAUAUUGGGUAUGGAUCGGGUUUUUUGGUUUAAGUUCGGUACGGACUUUGGGUUACAGAUAUUAUGCUUAGACCUAUUUUCGAUAAAGAAAAAUAUGAUUAUAUAAACUUUUUACCAAAAUAUUAUCCCGCGAUUUAGCGCGGGUCAAAAUCUAGUUUUUAUUAACAAAGACUGGUUCCAUGCCUAGAGAAAAAUUAGGAUCCAAAAACCAAUUCCAAAAGAAAUAAGGGAAAUUGCCACAGAUACCUCGUAGUACCAUUUUUCAUAUUUACACUAACCACUAGAGUUAACUAAUAUAGACUUAGGGUUUAUAGUCGAGGGGUGGGGUAAAGUUCUUAAAAUAUGAAAUUUAUGAUUUUAAUAAAUCAUUUAUAUACCAAAGCGCAAGUAGCCUAGCAAAUAAGAUAAUCCCAUAUGGAAAAGUUUUUAAAAAAAUUUAGGAAAAAAUAAUUUAAACAAAAUAAAGGUUACAAGAGAAAAAACAAGAACCGUAUAAUAGUUUUUUUUUAAACAUGUCACACGACCAAUAACCCUUCUUCUUUGUCCAUGAUCUUUUUUUCAUUACUUUAAAAUCUCUCUGAUUCUGUAUACAAACAGCAGAGAAAUUCCAAACUUAUCGAAAACAGAGAAUAUUAAACGCCUAUGAUCCUUCUUUUAUUUCAAUAUCCUAAUUCAUAAUUGGGGCCAUAUGGAAUUUCUGGAUCCAACGCAGAGUACGAUUCAUAUCAUAUAGUGUGAACGCAGAGUAUGAUUCAUAUCAACGAAGAGUACGAUUCAUUUCAAUCUUUCUUUCAUCUCAUAUUUAAAUUAAAUUUACUUUCCUCUCUAAAUUGUAUCUCUCACAGAAGUAACGUGUCUUCAAAGGUGAUCAGACUCUAAUUUUGACAGAUGGCUACUAACUCGAAGUUGUUUUAAGGGAUUAUUCAUAAGAAGACAAAGGGACAACAAAGGUGCACAAAUAGAUUUUAAAAAUCAGACCAUGGAAAUACUAAAUAUUUUAUUAUUAUUUUUUUCAGUUACCCAUGGAAAGUUUUGGAUGUUAUUGAGUUUUUUUUCUGGUGAUUUCUUUUGUUGAUCAUGGACAUGGGCUAAAAAAAAAGACUAGCACUACUAAGGAACGUCAAGAACGAAGAUAUCAUAUGAAUUAAGCUAUACUCUCUCUCUCUCUAGAAAGGCGAUACAAAAGGCGAUUCUUCAUCUCAUACCUUUUCACCUUUCUGAUGAUUCUUCCCUCGCCGGAGAGUAUAUGUCGUCGAGUUCCGACGGUUAUUCCAGACAUGAAUAACCGUUCAACGGUUAUGAAAACCUUUAUAACCGUCAAAACGUGUCUAUAUAAUGUCUGUCUCAUGUCUCUGUUUAUGCUUUGUAACCAGAGUUUCAAAGGAAAAUUCCCAAUCUUCCUAUUGAUCAUGACAGACAAAAGUCACAAGAAAAUGCAAGAGAUUUCUUUGGGCGUUAAUGAUGGUAUCGUUCACCUCCCUUUGGAUCUCAUCGAAGAAGCGUCUGCUGAAAAUCAAUUCUCUUUGGUUGCAAAACCAGUUAAUCCCCGUCGUCAGAAUCUUCGUGCUCUUAUGACUGCAUUCCCAAGACUUUGGGGUGUUAGUGAUGAAGUCGUGGGGCGCUUAAUUGAACACCACAGGGUUCAAUUCAUAUUCCAAACUGAAGAUUUGAUGCUCUCUGUCCUAAGGCGAGGUUCAUGGUCUUUUAAUGAAUGGAUGUGUGUUAUCCAACGCUGGAGUCCAGAACACAUAGAGGAUGAUCUCCAAGACAUUGCAUUUUGGGUUCAAGUUCGUGGUAUCCCAUGUCAAUAUAUUUCUGGGAGAAUGGUCUCUCACAUUGGUCGUGUUAUGUUUCGAUUCAUUGAAACUGAUUUCAAUAAUGAGGGCUCAUCUAACCUUGAUUAUGUGCGGAUCAGGAUACUCGCUUCUACUGCAACUCCUCUGUGUUUUCAACGUCAAUUUCAGUUUGGUAGUCAAACUGUUACUCUCCGGUUUCGAUAUGAAAAGCUACGAGGUCUCUGUAACCAGUGUGGACUAAUGACCCACAGCGCUUCAGAGUGUCCAACAGAGGAAGAUAACAACCCACAUCACGGUCCUGAAGAUGAUGAUGACGAUGCAGAUGAUGAUGAUCCUCCUCCAGGGUUCCCCGAGAAGGAUCACGACGAACCGACGUUUCCACAUGCGCAAGAGACGCAACACAAUCAUGACACCGGUUCAGCAUCUGCAUCAAAAAAAAGGAAAACAGAGGAACCUUCCUCUGCUACUGCAACGUGAGUUUCAUGUAACACUGCUCGCCAGGCUUUCUACGUUGAAGAUUAUGAAGAACACACAGCUAGGAGGA